AAUUACCAUAGAAGAAAGAAGGCCAAAGGAAACAAUUCAGUGUCUUCCUCCACCUUUCCAGUCGUCUUCACAUUGUGAAAACCUCAUAUGCCCCCUAUGAGUGUAUGACAUGAACUCCCAAGAAUUAUGGGUCCAUGUUUAUGGGAGACUCAAAUCAUGCAAAUCAAUAAGCACAACACAACUCAAACAGUUGCAUUCAUUUCUCAUCAAAACAAGGCGUCUCCCUCUCAAAUAUCCCAACCUCAUUUCUUCUCCUCCAUCUCCUCCUCACAAACACAAAUACUCACAUUCCACCCACAUCCUCUCUUUCUUAAAUCACCUGGAAAAGCCAGACCUCUGCCUCUCCCUCUACAAUGCCAUCAUCCAAGGCCUCCCUUCAAAUCCCACCACCAAAACAGCCUCCCUUUUCCAACUGUUUGAAUUGCUUGAACACAUGCUUGCCAAUGGCAUCCUUCCUGACCACUACACCGUCCCCUCUGUUCUCAAAGCGUGCGCGCAGUUGCGUGCGCUGAGAGAGGGGCAGCAGAUUCACGCCUACGCUAUCAAGACCGGGCUUGUUUUGUCCAAUGUUUACGUCAAUAACACUCUUAUGAGGGUUUAUGCUGUUUGUGGGGUUAUGAAAUGGGUCCGGAUGGUGUUUGAUGAAAGUCCUCAGAGGGACUUGGUUUCGUGGACUACGCUUAUUCAGGCUUAUGUUAAAAUGGGGUUUCCGAGAGAAGGAGUUGAAGCGUUUUUUAGGAUGUGUGACGUAGAGAUGAGGGCGGAUGAGAUGACGUUGGUCAUUGUUCUCUCUGCUUGCUCGAAGUUGGGAGACUUGAGCUUGGGUAGGAAGAUCAGUGGAUACAUUUACGAUAAUGGGGUAUGCCGAGAUGUUUUUAUAGGCAAUGCGUUGGUCGAUAUGUACUUGAAGUGUGGGGAUGCCGACUUUGCACGUAAAGUCUUUAAUGAGAUGCCUGUGAGAAAUGUGGUUUCCUGGAAUUCGAUGAUAUCGGGUUUAGCACACCAAGGGAAAUUUAAGGAGGCGUUGGACGUGUUCCAGGAGAUGCAAAGAAUGGGUCUUGAGCCAGAUGAUGUUACUUUAGUUGGCGUUUUGAAUUCAUGCGCGAAUCUUGGAGUGCUCAAGAUGGGGGAGUGGGUACAUGCUUAUGUUGAUAGAAAUCAGAUCGAGGCUGAUGGGUUUAUAGGAAAUGCGCUUGUGGAUAUGUAUGCUAAGUGUGGAAGUAUAGACCGAGCCUUUAGAGUUUUUCAGCGCAUGAAUCGCAGAGACGUAUAUUCAUAUACUGCCAUGAUUGUUGGGUUAGCUAUGCAUGGGGAGGUAGAGAUGGCAUUGGAUAUAUUUGCUGAAAUGCCUAGAGUGGGCAUUGAACCGGAUGAGGUGACAUUUAUCGGAGUCCUUGCAGCAUGUAGUCAUGGAGGACUUGUGGCAGAGGGUCAGAAGUAUUUUAGGGAGAUGUCAAGUGUGUACAAGCUCAGACCUCAGACAGAGCAUUAUGGCUGCAUGGUUGACCUGUUAGGCCGUGCCGGGUUAAUAAACGAGGCAGAGGAGUUUGUUGAAAACAUGCCAAUUCAGCCUGAUGCCUUUGUUUGGGGCGCUCUAUUGGGAGCCUGCAGGAUCCAUGGGAAAGUAGAGCUUGCUGAAAGUGUGAUGAAGAAACUACUGAAGGUAGAGCCCGAGAGAGAUGGUGCAUAUGUGCUCAUGUCAAACAUAUAUUCCUCUGCAAAUAGGUGGAGGGAUGCAGUGAAGUUGAGACGGGCGAUGAAGGGAAAGAACGUGAAGAAAACUCCUGGGUGUAGUUCAAUCGAACUUGAUGGUAUUGUUCAUGAAUUCAGAAAGGGUGACAGAUCACAUAAAAGAAGCAAAGAAAUAUACAAAUUGCUAGAAGAGAUUAUGAGCCACAUAAAGAACCAUGAGCUUCUGGCACACUGAACUCCAUUCUUUUGAUGAUCGAGGCAUAUCGACAUAAACCGUCAGCUAAACUGGGAAGGAGGAGCGCUGGCAGUUUGGCACAUUUCAGCUGGCAUGAUCGAUCAACUUGAUCCCAUGGUUCAAAUUUACGGGCUUUUCAGGAGCUAAUGCAUCUUCUGCGAGGUAAGAAUUAAGCAAGAAGAUCAAAUUUAAUAAUGUUGUCAACCUACCGAGUAAUUCUUGUAAAGAUUCAUCUUGUAAACUAUCAACUAUACUUCAUAAUCCACACCAAAUUUAUUUA